AUGACACAAGUUGUAACUGUGCCACAUCCAGGACAUAGGGUUGCUCCAAAGGGGCAGGAGACCAGACUAAAGGGACAUUGGUUACAAGAUGAUAAUACCGACAGCUUAGAGUUAGAUAAACUGUUGGCAGAGCUUCAGAGUUUUCCAGAUGAACAAAAUGCCAAGGGUCUUUACCAGAACGGGUUAAGUGAUGAUGCUGGUGUCAAAGGGUAUGAAGAUGGUACUGAAACCAGAGUACAUUGCCCCGCCCACUCAGAACUGAGUUUACGUCUACAGCAGUUAAAUGAUUCAAGUAAGAAAAGGAAACAGUUGGAGUCAAAUGUUAAAAACAUGCCUGUGCUAGACAAUGUAGGUACGCAUAAAAAUAUUGAACACAGUAGAUCAUUUAAUCAUGAUUCACAGCGGCUUAAACAGAAUGUGCCAUCAGCUGAUGAAAUUGUAGAAAGGAAAAGCUCACAAUGUGACAGUGGACAGAAGAACAAGCUACAGGCUGAUAUUAUUAACACAAUACAAUCAAAAUCCCAAACCCUGGGCGUUAGUUCAAUCUUGGUAAAUGAUGCGCACAUUAGUAAACCUGCGGUGGUUUUUGCUAACACAGCACCAGCUGCGACUUUAUCUUUGGCUGAACUGGCCAGGCAGCACAAAUCACAGAGAGCUAGAGUUGCCAGUUUGGAAAGCGAUAAUGAAAAGUUAAACAAACAAAGUGCAGUAUCCACACCUCUGGUUUUGGGCUGCCGUACAUCUACAGGUUCCCUGACAGAUCUGCCAGCCUCUUAUCCAGAGACAGCAGCAACAUCCUCUGGAGUCUCCCUCUCACAGCUGGCUCUGCAGCACAGGAACUCCAAACCCCCACUGUCUACAGUAUCACCUGGAAAUGGUUACGUAAAUGGUUACGUAAAUGGUUACAAACCUUCCCUCUUGCAGCUAAUGAAAAAUGUGGCCAUUGAUGAUACCAGAACCAGCAGUGCUGCAGAAGCACCAUAUGCUCAAGUUCCCCAGAAACCUAGUUCCAGUCUGUCGUUAACAUUAUGUUUGAAAGUAAACAAACCCUCAGACACAUCUACAAAGUUGCCUUACGGCCAGCAAAAGCAGGAUACCGAAGACUUGGCUGUCGGUAACACAUUCAUUAUGAUGGACAGUGAGUCAGUUGAGUCAAAUGCAGGCUCACAAGAGCAGAGCAUACCUACAGAUUUGAUUCCCCGGGUGUCAUCAGUAGGUUUUGUUCUUUGCUGUUUGAAGAGAAAAAGAAAACUGGAAGAUUCCUCAGCCAACAUUAGAACAACUUUUAAAUACCCAAAAUUUAAAUGUGUUAGCCAGGUGGGUCAAAGAAUUUUGUAUCCAGAGAUUGUUUACCGCAAAAUUGAACCGUUUGAUUUUUCCACCCUGUCGCCGGAUGACUUGGUGAAACACAAACAAAAGCAGGCCUUUACCAGACCUCAGAAAGAGUUUGAGUUUUAA